AUGAAAAUAACCCAUAACCACGUGAAAACCCAGCGUGUUUUACCAUACGCAGUCGACACCUCGCCAACCGAGAGGCCCGUUUUCACCUGGCCAGACCCAACGCUGCAUCACGGCUGGCGGGUCCACGGCAGCGCCGGAGCGCUGGGCGAAGAGCGGCGGCUUGGCACCCUCAGAAAAGGGGAUAUCCUCAUCCGCCCCCGCGUGGGUCCCUUCCGGGCUGUAACCACCCCACCCACGCGCGGGUCCCAAGUUGGGGUAACCCCACCGCACACACGCGUGGGUGACCACCGGACUGUGAUCACCCCACCCACGCGUGGGUCUCGGUUCAGGAUAUCCUACUCCACCCCCGCGGCGGGACCCAUGUGCAGGUCUCAGUUUGGGGGAUCCUCCCAGCCCAGGUCACCCACCCACGGGAAUCCUCCCAUCCCCACCCCAGGCCUGCGUGGGGAUCACCCACCCGGACCUCCCACACGCAGGGUUCCCCCACCUGGACCCCACCCACGUAUCCCACCGUCCGGGUAUCUGAAAGCAGUGAGUGCCCAGCUCGCACUCCCUUGCGCAGGCUGCGACCCGUCUCCGGGAGCUUCCUUGCUCGCGGCCGCCCUAAAUCCUCCCGUCACCCCACGCCAGAGCCCUGGGGCCUCUUCGCUGUGCUAA